AUGGGAAAUGGUAUUUUCGGAGGACGUAAUGACGACGAGGAGGAGGAAGCUGCGGAGCAGAAGGCCUUGGAGAAAUGGAGGCCCGAGCUCUUCGGGCACGGGUCGGUCACGGUGAAGAAAUUCCAGGCCCAGGGAUCACAGGAUGACUUGAGCAUCGAGGGUGACGACAUGUCCGUGGCUUCCUCCGUCAGCCAGAUGGAGGAGGAGAAGGAAAUUGUUCGCGCCGAGGAGGAGGAGGAGGCUGCAGAUGAGGACGAAGCACAAGAUCAGGAAAAGGGCUCGCAGCAGGAAGGCUCGCACAAAGAGGGAGCCGGAUCGGACAGCGAGGAUGGGUUCGAUCCAGAAGAGGAGGCAGCUGCAAAGAGGGAUGAGGCCCGCAGGAGAAAGAAGAUCAUCGUGCGCAUGGAAUUCGAGCCACUGCUUUCGCUCCACGAGCCGCUGGGUGCCACAGUGGAGGAGCCAGCAGAAAUCUUCUCUGUCGGGAAAGGUGGCAAGCGGAACAAACGCCUUGAAGAGGCAGCCCUGGAAGAUGCGAAGGUUGCCUACCGGGCCAAGUCUAAGGUAGCUGCAGGCUGGCUUCUUGAAAUGGGACUGGAGGACUGCCUGCUGGCAGAACUGGCGCAAGGUGUUGGAGAGGAUCCAAACGAGCUACGCUUUGCACUCGAACAGAGCAAGCGCUUCAUAGUGGAUGAUGACUUGGUGGUAGAGAAGACUCUGGUUCAAAAAGUUUUUGAUGUCAUGGAAAGUGACAUUGAGACAAUGACUGAAGUGCUCAACAAACUUGGAGAAGCAGAAGAGGCGGGUGUGCGACUGGCUGUCAGAGACUCUCUUGGAGAGUUGAAGAUCAGAGUGGCAAAUGACAUAGAGCUUAUCGAGCGGGUGGAUCCAGAGGAAGAGCAGCGAGCCAGAAGGGAGGAGGAGAAAGUACAGAGGGCAAAAGAGAAGAUGGAACGAAAGAAGGAGCUGCAGAAGCGCAGGCGCAAGCGAGGGAGAAAGGGUGAGGAGGAGCAGGAAGCGGAGUCGGAAUCUUCUGACGAGGAUGGUGGCCCUCAAGACGUGGCG